AUGGCCAAACUAUCCUUUAUCAGCUGUCUUUCUCUGGCGGGCUACACUUUGGCCCAACGCAACUCUACGAAUGCAACAUGUCCGGACACAGUCCGCGAUAUCAAAGAAGGCGGUUUUGGUUCCUGGUUCAACUCCACAGGGACAAUCUCCGUGCAAUUCCCACAGCAAGAUGAAUGGCACAUCUCCGUCUCGCUAACAGACAGGCGGGCUGAAAAUCUACGAUACGGAGACUACAGAUCCGACCAGUCGAUCGAGGUGUGGCUCAGCGUUCCCCAGUCCCUGGCCGGGACGGAAAAGGGUAACGAGACAAAUGUCUGCUUGUACAUGAUGAUGGGCAAGAACGUUACGGCGACGAAUGCAACUGCGCCGGAAGACUCGUGCGAUGGGAUUAUCGAUGACAACUGCAUGGAGGAGAUUCUGGAUUUUAAGAGCCCGUUAAAAGACGGACGAUGCCCUCCUAUGAAAAUGGAUUUCAGUUUCGGAUGUGGACAUUUUACUGCAUCUCAAAUCGACCCGAGAAACUUCACCAGCUCAAACUGCACUCUAGAUGAGUUGCAAAACGUCGAUUUAGACGAUGACUACAUAACAUACGGCGGCUUCCCAGGUGGGUCAUUCACACAUGGAGACCGGGAGCUUGAUUCAUUUGAAGCGUACGAUCUGAAAGUGCAGCAGCCGAUUGGUAUGCUCGUCGUAACGCAUUAUGAUGGAAAUGUUAGCUCAGAGAUGGUUUGUAUCGCGCCGAAUGAUUUGGCUGAGGGAAGUCGGGUUCCUCAACUUGAACUUCCUGAUGAAUCUGGGGCUGUGUUACUGGGAGCGGGAUGGACUGGGGUUUUGGUUGUUGGUGUUGCAGUGCUUUUUAGUGCCUUGUAA